AUGGAUUGUGUAAUGAAAACGAUAAAGAGAAUACAACAAUUAAUUAUUCAGUCUUCUGGACAAAAUCAAACUAUCACUGAGUCAAUAUUAGAAACAGAUAACUUAGAACAAAAAUUACAUUUGCUUAUAGCUACAGCUAUUGAUAUUAUUGAUAACCAAAUAAAUGGACCGAAUUCUCCAUGA